AGAAACCAGUGGACUUUUAUUUCCUUGAAUGCUGUAAAUUAGUUCUAAAGGAAUGGACAACUCCAACAAAAAAACCCACACAAACUUUCUGAGAAGCAAGCAAGAGAACUAGAAAAAAACAGCUUGACUUGCAAAAUCUCACCUGACCGAUGACUGACUCUGCUAAUGCAACACUAAUUUGAGACACCUUCAUACAUCAGAUCCAAGGAUGUUUGUGUUGCUUUACAUUACAAGUUUUGCCAUCUACACAAGCGAACAACCUCUUCAAAGCCAGUUCAAAGGAGACAAUUACUACACCAGAUACAUCUGCAGCAUCCCUGGUUUGCCAGGCCCUGUGGGUCCCCCCGGAGCUGGCGGAUCCCCAGGUCCACACGGACGCAUUGGUCUUCCAGGAAGAGAUGGGAGAGAUGGCAGGAAGGGAGAAAAAGGUGAAAAAGGGAGUGCAGGUUUAAGAGGAAAGACUGGGCCAUUAGGACCAGCUGGAGAGAAAGGAGACCAAGGCGAGUCUGGUAAAAAAGGACCUGGAGGACUGACUGGUGCCAAAGGAGAAGUAGGUCCAGCUGGACCACCUGGACCUAAGGGAGAUAAAGGAGACCGUGGAGAGCCAGGCGCACCAGGGGUCUGUAAGUGUGGAAAGAUAGUGCUGAAAUCUGCCUUUUCUGUUGGCAUCACCACCAGCUACCCAGAGGAGAGACUACCAAUUAUAUUCAAUAAAGUCCUCUUCAAUGAGGGGGAGCAUUACAACCCUUCCACAGGGAAGUUUAUUUGUGCCAUCCCAGGGAUUUAUUAUUUUUCUUAUGAUAUCACCUUAGCAAAUAAGCAUCUUGCAAUUGGGCUGGUUCACAAUGGGAAGUACCGCAUAAAGACCUUCGAUGCCAACACAGGCAACCACGAUGUAGCUUCUGGAUCCACAGUGAUCUACCUUCAGCCAGAAGAUGAAGUAUGGCUCGAGAUCUUCUACACCGACCAAAACGGUCUCUUUUCUGAUCCAACAUGGGCAGAUAGUUUGUUUUCUGGAUUUCUCUUAUACGUUGACACAGAUUACCUUGAUGCUUUAUCGGAUGAAGAUGAGCUUUGAAGCAGAUGAUGUUAAAUGACAUCCAAACUGGACAUCCCAGCACAGGAUUUUAUCUAGCUGUGUGGGGGACACAAAGUUGAAAAAGCAAACAAACAAACAAAAGAGUUUAUUUUUGCUUUGAUAAGAACCAAGUCUGAGCUCCUAAGGAUCCUUCUAGAGUCUAAGCUGGAUUUUUUACUGAACAGCAGGGAUAUCAAAGGGAACUGUAAUUAACAAAAGACUGCAUCACUCCAGGACUGACUCUUCCUGAAAAUUAUGUUUAUAAUACUAUUUAAACAAAUUUAAAAUGCUGUACAUUGGAUUUUAUAUAAAAUCUAUUAAGUUGCAAUGUAGAAUGGAUGUUUUGUAUAUGACAUUAAAGUAAAAUUGA